AAGACCUGCCCAAAAGUAAGUUGGUGCACUUGAGCGGCUCGGCGCAGAUCUGAUCAUGCCUGUGCACAAUCCCUUCCCCGGCAGUUCGUUAGACCUGUUUUUUUUUCUUUCUUUUGGUAGCUCGCUUACUGCCACCAGCAUGAUGUUUUGAACUUCCUGGUUCUCGGAGAUUUGCUGCGAGUUGCAGUUCGUUUAAUGCUGGGAGGCGCACGGCGCUGCGCGGCGCUCCGGUACGAAGGUUUCGCUCGAUGUCCGUCCGGGCAUCGCGGGUGGUCCUGCGCUCGGUACCGGCGAAGCCGGGGAAGGUGCACCCCGAUGCGGCUUGUUUGACAUUCAGCGUCCGGUCCGCCGCGUUUUUAUCUUAUUUCAGGAGGCGGUCCGGUGGGGGACACUGGGUCGCACUUUGCGCGUCUUUCUAAAGGCAGAGGUGUGACGGCUUGAAAAUGGGAAGUACGGCGAUGGACAGCAAAAGGAAAGAUGUCAUGAAAAAGAGUUCAAGGAAAAAGAAAACGCUUUAUCUGAGCAUGCCGGCGGAGGGGAGCUGUCACUCGGCCACUCCCACCAAAACCGGGUUCCUAAGAGGGCCCCUGAGCCCCCAGCUCUCCAGCCCAUUGACUGCUCCAGCUGGGUGUAUAGGCAGCCCGGACUCCCCCAGGACGCUGUUCCCGACCUCACCCCCGUACCAGGAGUCACCGCCCAAGUCCCCCCGCCGUUUCAGCUUCAGUGGAAUCUUCCGAACUGCCUCCAGGGAUGCCUCCAGCUCCUCCCCCUCCCCUUCCCCCUCACCCGUCAGCAUCAAGCUCUUCUCCCGAGCGAAGAAAGCUGCAAGCCUCACCUCUCCCCCCACAACCCCAACCCAAGCCAAAGCCAUCAGACAGUCCACCUUCCCCCUGGAAACCGCAAAGAAGGAGGCAGAGCGACCCGAGAUGCCGCAGGCGCCACCCCCCGACACUGGCCAGCCCCCCACCCCCCCUAUCACCAAGCCGCCCCUCCGUACCUCUGCCAGCCGGCUGGUUCCCGAUUCGGCUGAAGGCAUGCUGGAAAAACUUGAACUAGAUGAAGCUGUUGAAGAACCAGAUAGUGAUAUUUACAUGCGGCUUAUGAAAUCCCAUAAAUGCUACGAUAUCGUUCCGACCAGCUCAAAGCUGGUGGUUUUUGACACUACAUUGCAGGUUAAGAAGGCCUUCUUUGCACUGGUGGCCAACGGGGUCCGAGCUGCGCCGCUGUGGGAGACGAGGAAGCAGAGUUUUGUGGGAAUGUUGACCAUCACCGACUUUAUCAUCAUCCUGCAGAGAUACUACAAGUCUCCCAUGGUGCAAAUAUAUGAGCUGGAGGAGCAUAAGAUUGAGACUUGGAGAGAGCUGUAUCUUCAAGAAACCUUUAAGCCACUAGUCAACAUCUCACCGGAUGCCAGCCUGUUUGACGCAGUGCAGUCUUUGAUCAAGAAUAAAAUCCACCGGCUGCCCGUCAUCGACCCUGUGACUGGCAACGCACUUUACAUCCUCACCCACAAGAGGAUCCUCAAGUUCCUUCAGCUUUUCGUGUGCGAGAUGCCCAAGCCUGCUUUUAUGAAGUGUACCUUGGGAGAACUGGGUAUCGGCACCUACAAGGACAUUGCCUUCAUCCACCCCGACACGCCCAUCAUCAAAGCGCUCAACGUCUUUGUAGAGAGGAGGGUGUCAGCCCUUCCCGUCGUUGAUGACUCUGGGAAAGUUGUUGAUAUUUAUUCCAAAUUUGAUGUCAUAAACCUGGCCACUGAGAAGACGUACAACAACCUGGAGCUGAGCGUGACGCAGGCGCUCCAGCACCGCUCCCAGUACUUCGAGGGCGUGGUGAAGUGCCACUUGCUGGAGACUCUGGAGACCAUUGUGGACCGCAUCGUCAGGGCCGAGGUGCACCGGCUGGUCGUGGUGGACGAAGGUGCCAGCAUCGUGGGCAUCAUCUCGCUAUCGGACAUCCUACAGGCCCUGGUGCUGACGCCGCAGGGCACCAGCCGGAAGGAGGGAGGAGCCGAAUGAGGCGUGGCAGAGCCGUGGGGUGUCUGGGACGGGUGGUGAGCUAGGCGGAGGCCACACCGCACUGGGAAGGGAGGCCAUUGCUGCCAGGCCACAGGGUGGACGGCUGGGAGGAGGGGUCACCGUGCACCAAAGCGUCACCCAUCCCCCGUAACGGUGUCACGGGGCUCCUUGGAGCUACGGUGGUGGUGUCAUCUUCACUGGAGGGGCAGUCUGUUCCGCUCAGAGCAGCAAGAGCUUGGGGGAAAAUGAGCUGCUUCUUCAAUAUAGCUGCCAGAAGACGUGGUGAUAAUGACACCCAUAAGAACUACAUUUCCCACAAUCCCCUUCACACGGCACCCAUGUGACAGAGUUCCCACAUACGUUGUUUUUGAGCCGAAGUUGAAGGUCUUAAACCAAAAUCAGAUGCCAGUUGAACUUUAAUAGUCGGAUGGUUGCUUUUUAACUGAGGAUUUUUCUGACAUGCUGUGAAGAAAGAAUAUUAAAGCUUUAUUUUUGCGUAGUUUUUUUUUUCUUUUAGUCGAAAGCCACCAGUUUGGUGUUGGAUGAACUCAAAGCAUGCAAAUAGUAAUUAAAAAAUACCCUGCUGCAGUGUAAAUAACAGGUUCCUAAAUAAAAGGUUAAUAGUGAGCGAAAUUAAAGUGUAUUUUCCGUGUACGAAAACGUAAGUUUGGUUUACCGUUUGGAUUUUCCUCUUGUGUAAGUUGUACUGUGGUGUCAGAUGUGUACUUUCAUUGAAUGAAUGUUAUUGGCAUGAAAAUGUCGUUAAACACAAUGACGGGAGGUGGGUUUUUCCUUUAUCAUUUAUUGAGACUUUGUCUGUUUUUAUACCAAAUAAACUGGGGAGGGGGGAUAUAAAUGCACUGUGCUACCAAAGUACCACCUUGUCUGAAAAGGCUAAUGCUAACACGACCGUUUGUCCAUGAAAAAGACACCGAUGGCCUUUGUGAUUGUGUGCAUGAUCUGAUUAUUUAAAUGUAAAAAGCAAAUUAAAUGUAUUCAAAAUA